AAAAAUUUUGAUAUUUAUUUUUCAUAGGUCUUGAUGUUGAUGGUGUUGUUGUUGAAAAGGAAAAAGCUGGUGUUACACUUGAAAAAGAAGUUCGAAAAGGUAUUGAUCCAGUUUUAGUUGAAAUGAUCAAAGGAAAUGUAUUUCGUACAAGAGUUUAUCCAAUGCCAGUUGGAGGCACACGAAUUGUUCGUAUCAUUUAUCAAGAUCAAGCACAAAUGGAAAAUGAUCACUUUCUAUUUCACAUACCUAUAUAUUUUAAUACUACACUUGAAAAUUUGAAUAUUUCAUUGAUUUGUACACAUGCAUCAAAUGAUUGUCAACCACAAUUUCUUUCCAAAGUAAAAUUUCAACAAAAUUUUGUGAAUUCAAAUGGAAGAUUUUGUUUUGAAUCUCACCAAGUCAAUAUUAAAUCAUCACAAGAUGAACAGUCUAUUACAUAA